AUUUGUCUGACCGCCUCCAAGAUGAGCCGACCCGGCAGCAGCCCUGAUGAAAAAGGGGUCAGCCAAAAUGGAGACCCAGGAGGUCAUCGCCCAGUGUUUACCAAUACGCUCAACGCAGCAGUGAGUCCCGAAACAAGGUUGUUAUCCGCCUUCGCCAGAGAUACCCAGGCCAGGAAAGUUGAUCUGGCAGGCAGAGGUAGGGAUAAAACCACUGCAUGUUUCUGCAGAAGUAAAGUAACUGCGAACAUCUUGCACAGGCAGAGACAGAGAAUCCAUGAGCAGCAUGUGCAGAAGUAUUACAGUGAGGAGGGAAGGCCCUUUGAAUUGCGUCUGGUUGGAAAAAUAAAGCAGCAGUUGAGCACUGACCCCACUCUUCAUCCUGAGUAUCCCUCUUCUCUUGGACUGAGAGAAUUCACCAGGAAAGCCACAGAAGUUGCCCUUGGGAAGCAUUCUAGGGCUAUAGUGGAGAACCGGGUGUUAGGUGUCCAGACUCCUGGUUUUACUGCUGCUGUUCGUCUUGGAGCUGAACUCUUGAGGUGCUGGUACGAUCCCAGUGCUUGCUGGUGUGGCCCGGUUUACCUCUCUUCCCCUUGUGAUGACUCAUUGACUGGUAUCUUCCAGGCAGCAGGGAUCCAAGAGAUCCGUGAGUAUUAUUACUGGGAUGACAAGCAGCGGGGCAUUUGUUUGGAGAGGCUUCUGGAGGAUUUGGAGAGUGCUCCUGAGCAUAGUGUUGUUGUUCUGUCAGCGUCUGCCCACUACCCGACCGGAGCAGACCUCUCUCAGAGUCAAUGGGCUGUGAUUACACGGCUCAUUACGAGGCGUAGACUUUUCCCCUUCCUCUUGCUGCCUACACAGGCACUCUGCUGUGGAGACAUGGAGCGUGAUGCUUGGCCUGUGCAGCACUGUGCAUCGCUGGGAAUGGAGCUUCUCUGCGCUCAGUCGUUUUCCCAUUGCUUUGGACUAUAUGGUGAAGCUGUUGGACACCUCCUGUGCGUCUUAAAGCAGAACUCCGUCCUGCUGCCUGUGCGGUCUCAGGCUGACAAAAUAGUGAGAUCACUGUGGGCCAGGCCAUCCGUAGGAGGAGCGCAUGUUGUCACCACAGUGCUCAGUAACUCAGCCCAUCUUGUUGAGUGGCAGGGAGAGGUUAAGCACAUUGUUGAAAGGUGUAUGCUGAUCAGAGCCAUUUUAAGAGAAAAGAUGAGGCUUUUGGGAACUCCUGGUCGCUGGGACCAUCUGACUCAACAAGGUGGACUCUUUUGCUGCACAGGGUUAAAUGGUGAGCAAGUAGAAUUUCUGUCAAACAGGAGACGGGUGUACCUGCUCCCUGGCGGAUGUCUAAACGUGAGCGCAAUCAACUGCCGCAACCUGGACUAUAUAGCCGAGUCCAUCCAUUUGGCUCUGACCUCUUCACUCUGACCACGCGGCUUUAUCAGCAUCCAAAAUCUGUGUCAAAGUGGGCUUCACAAUGAGUUUGGACCUUUCAAGCGUUUCAUUAAAAUGUUCCUUUUUAAGUUAAGUGUAAUUAAGAUGUUACUUAAAAAAGGGAUGUUUAUGUUUCCAGUGCUCUGUUGGGUCAGCCAUAUCAGGAGAUCUGCUGUGAGCUGUGGAGUGAUUUUUCUGUUCAGUCUGUUUACAUUAAGAGUUGAUUGAGGUGUAUAUUUAUAUAUUCUCACUUUACAUAUGUGGAAUCUGAACAGAAGGUAGUGUAGAAAACAAACGACUUUUUUUCCUUUUUAUGGAAGAUGUUUGCAGAAAUUGUUUCUACACCUCAGUAAAAAAUAGAUUCGUAAACAAAUAAAAAAGAGUUAGUCACCGAGAGCUGCUAGACAGACUUUGUGUGUUUUGGACUUCUAGGGUAGCUUUUUGCCUUUAGUUCAAUCAUAAUUACUGGCUGACAGCUGGCAGCAGUUCAUCUUUAAUGAAAAAAUAUUAGAUUCAUAGCCCUCUCAACUGAACGUGAUUAUGAAAGUGUCUGGAUAAUGUUAUUGAUAAAUAAAAUUUUUGUUAACCCUCUGAGGUCAAUGUACUGCUAACCUUGGACCCUAAUGGUGCCCCAUUAUAAUUUGUGAUUUUUGGCUUUUAAAAAAUGUUCUCACACAUAUCAGGAACUCAUACUCAUUCAUUUUGGCUAAUAUUCCCUUACUUACUUAACAGUUGCAUGAAAAAGGUAAAUAUAGAUACACUGGUGCACAAAACCAACAUAGUUUUAUGAUUAUCAUAAGUCAGGUAAUAUGAAAUAUAUUGGUUUAUAUUUGAUAAAAUGUACUCUUUGAUGAAUUAAACUCAUCAUCACCAUUUGAGGCAUACACAUGUGGCCAAUGCACACAACCCCAUUAUUCAGUGUAGUUAUCGUCAAUUUAAGCAGGUUUUGUAUGUUUCUGUGCUUGAAUGGGUGAAUCCACAGAACAUAUCACACAAAAUCUGGUGAUCAUUAUUAUGUUUUUUUUCCGUUUAGUAGUGGCUCCAUAGUGUAGUGUCAGUGUCACUUUUAUUUAUGUACGUUUAAAAGGUUUUUACAUGUACACUUAAAAACCUGUGUAGGUCUACAAUGACGUAAAGGCAAUAAAAAUAAAAUGUUACAGAGAAAUACAAAUCAAUGCUCACACAGUUAUUAAAUGUAGACCUGUGAGACAGUUGUCAUUGACCUCAGAUCAGCAGGCAGCUCGUUCCAAAGAACAGGAACACAGCAACUUUAAGCAUCCUCAGCACACUGAGAUCUAAUUCUGAGAAUAGUUAAAAGAUGUGCAUCUGAUGACUUGCGAGGUCUAAUUGGAUUAUAGACACUGAGCAAGUCACAGAUGUACUUUGGGGGUGAAGGCACUGAAGUGACUGUAAGCACUCUGGUUUUCUCAAAAAGCUUGUUUUAUUAGACUGAAAAGGAUCCGGGCUGCUGUCCCCUCCCCAUCAUGGUUUCCGUGCUAAUGUACUAAAGAAGUUGUUAACUCUUCACGCUUAGCAAGAGCUAACGAUGCUAAAUCACUGAAGAUUUUUUACUUGCUAAUGCUAGCAGUGUUUCUGUAUGAAGCGUAGAUUGUAACUGAUCUCAGAGCAGUGAAAGCAGCUUGCCUCACAUGCUGCUCUCCCAUUCAUAGACCUGCAGUUUAGGCACACUUUUGCGCCGUCACGUCACUUAGACGCUUUGGGGGUUGUUAAGUUGUUUACAUAUUAAUUAUAUUUUCACCAGUUGUUUUUGUUGUUGAGAAUUUUAAUUGUAAUUUUUGUAUUAUGGUUUCUCAACAGUACUUGUUUGUUUUAAUUUGUUUACUGGUUUGCCUGCACUUUUUAAGAUUUUUUUUAAAAAUAAAUAAAUGGUAACU